UCGUCGGACUCUGUCGGCUUUCUCCGGCGUAUCUCGGUCAGUGAGCUAGCCAAGCCGAUUAGCCUGCUACCACCAGCUAAUGUUUGUAGGAUAUUUAAUGAUAGCUGAAUUGGAGUGGAUGAUACAAAUAGUGUAGAAAAAUGGCGGACGUCGAGGGACAAGGAAUUUGUUCAGCGGUCCCUCCGUUGCCUCACCCUUCCUCUCGUAACGGCUCCGGUAGCGGUAACGUUACACCGGGCACCGGCGGCAGCUGCCAGACGGCAACCACCGUUACUUCAGGCCCACGGCUUGUUCGGAUAGUGAAGUCUGACUCGGGCUAUGGUUUCAAUGUUCGGGGACAAGUUAGCGAAGGAGGGCAGCUACGGAGCAUUAACGGGGAACUGUACGCUCCACUGCAGCAUGUUAGUGCUGUUCUACCGGGAGGUGCCGCCGACAGAGCCGGUAUUUCGAAGGGGGACAGGAUUCUUGAGGUAAAUGGAGUGAAUGUAGAGGGAGCGACCCAUAAGCAAGUGGUUGACCUGAUCCGGGCCGGGGAAAGGGAGCUGGUGCUGGCCGUUCUGCCCGUCCCACCCCAGGAGGCUGACUGCUUGGAUCCCGGGGAUGAUGGUUCAGCUCAGUCCUGCUACGACUACUCUGACAAACAGGCUGUCCCCAUAUCUGUGCCCAGCUACAAACACACUGAGCUCAACCAGGAAAAGUUUGUGGUAUAUAAUGUGUACAUGGCAGGCAGGCAGCUGUGCUCCAAGCGUUACCGGGAGUUUGUGAUCCUACACCAAAACCUUAAGCGGGAGUUUGCCAACUUUACAUUCCCCAAGCUGCCUGGGAAAUGGCCAUUUUCCCUCUCGGAGCAGCAGCUAGAUGCGCGACGCAGAGGCCUGGAAGAAUACUUAGAGAAAGUGUGCUCUGUACGGGUAAUUGGAGAAAGUGACAUCAUGCAGGAGUUCCUGUCUGAAUCAGAUGAGAACUAUAAUGGCGUGUCAGAUGUGGAGUUGAGAAUAGCCAUGCCGGAUAAAACCACCCUCACUGUCAGAGUUCGCAAAAACUCUACUACAGACCAGGUCUACCAGGCUGUGGUAAUGAAACUAGGGAUGGACAGUGUAACAGCCAGCUACUUUGCUCUGUUUGAGGUCAUCAACCACACCUUCGUGCGUAAGCUUGCCCCCAACGAGUUCCCCCACAAACUGUAUGUACAGAACUAUACCUCAGCCAUCCCAGGAACCUGCCUCACCCUGCGCAAGUGGCUCUUCACCACAGAGGAGGAAAUUCUGCUCAAUGACAACCAGCUUGCUGUCAACUAUUUCUUUCACCAGGCUGUGGAUGAUGUAAAGAAAGGGUUUAUCAAAGCAGAACAGAAGUCUUACCAGCUGCAAAAGCUGGCAGAGCAGAAGAAGAUGUCUAUGUAUCUGAGUUUGUUGAGGGGUUGCGAGGGCUACAACGAGAUCAUAUUCCCCCACUGUUCGUGCGACUCCCGACGUAAAGGCCACGUCAUCACAGCCAUCAGCAUUCACCACUUCAAGCUGCACGCCUGCACCGAGGAAGGGACACUCGAGAACCAAGUGAUUGCAUUCGACUGGGGGGAGAUGCAGAGGUGGGACACAGAUGAGGAGGGCAUGGCCUUCUGCUUUGAAUAUGCACGGGGAGAGAAGAAACCACGCUGGGUCAAGAUAUUCACACCUUAUUUUAACUACAUGCAUGAGUGCUUCGAGAGAGUCUUCUGUGAGCUGAAGUGGAGGAAGGAGGUGGAAGAGGAGGCCACAGACAAGGACAAUAAGAACUGCAGUAAAGAUGGUAUGUGUGGCAAGAAUAUUUUCCAGCUGCUGAGGCACAGAAGGGAUGGAGGCACCUAGGAAGGGAGAUUGUUACCUCUUAACUACACACCGUCGUCAUUGACUCAGUUUUUUGGCCCUCAUCCUGCCCUACAUCCAGCAACACUCAGCUAUUAACUACACGGUCAUCAUUUACACUCCGUCAUCCACAACCUGAGAAACUACCCCUGAUACAUGCAAACCAACAAACAUCUGCGAAUGAAAAAAAUCAAAUAAACCGAAGCAUAAAAAGCUUAUACACACAUGAACCAGGAACUCUAGCACAUCAUAAUCAUGCAUUAAGCAGAGCUCUGUCAAAAAGAAACGAGGCAUCUACAGACUUGAAGUCACAGAUUCAAGCAAGCCUUUUUUUUUUUCUCUUAUUGGCAGGGACUUGAAGUGGAAUGUGACAUGCAAACAAUGAGGUUUUGAGCCUCCUCUGAAGUGGUCCUUCUUGGACAAGAAAGCGGAAGCGAAUAAGGAAUUCAUGGUGGACUAACAAGGGAAUGUGAAAGCUGUUAGUGCUCAUACAGGGGAACACAGAUAACACUGAUCAGCAAUACUAAGGGUUGACCACAGGGAGAUACUUUUGCUUCUCAAUUUAUGGAUUAGAAUAGCAGUGUCUUCUUUAACUAUGUGUGCAGGGGGGAGUGGGAGGCCUAAAACGCAAUGGGCCAACCAGAGUGAAGCCCUCAGAAUGUAAGUCACAGCUGAACAUACAUCAGUUUUCAUCUGUUUGGCGCUAAAUCUACAUUUAUAAAAGAAAACUAUUAACAUUGUAAUGUGGCAAAUGAGAGAAGGGAGAGAGGAAGCAGAUGUUUUGUAGGACUGUUAGACACAUUUUUCUUUAGAGAUCUGGGUACACAGAGCAGACAGCUGUGAUGGUUGAACACAUGAGCAAGAACAUGUUAAACUUUAGACUAAUGUUGCACUUUAUCCAACAGUAUUAACAACCUCCAAAUGUGGGAAAUGUAACCUAAGAAUCAGGUAGUGGGCAUAAUACUGGAAGAAGCCAGGUCUUAUUUAGUUUACGUUCAUGUUUGACUGACUACAGUAUGAUAAUGCACUGCAUCAUCAAAUGGCGUGUGCAGAGCCAUGCAUUAAACUUUCAUGUGUGUGUAAUAUUA